CCUCUUGUUGCUUACGGAAGCUGACAGACGGCUGUGUUUCAGAGGCGGAGAGUGGUCUCCGUACGUCCAAUGGUCCGUCAGAGCCGCGGUUACCUCUGACUCACGGUUAACGUUGACUCGGGUCGGGCCCGUGUGGGUUGGCUCGGCUCGGCGCGAUUCAUUCCCUACCAGUUUUUAGCAAACAUGGCCGCCACGGAUCCCCGCUUCUCGAGUGACGGCGGGCCGGCCAGCAGAGGAGGCUUCCCCGCCGGUGAGAGCAGCAACGACCGGGACGGCCCGGGCGGCGGCGGCGGCAGCAGCGGGAGCGGCGAGGGCGAACGGGACCGGGCCACGUUCGAGUGCAACAUUUGUUUGGACACUGCCAGGGACGCUGUCAUCAGCAUGUGCGGCCACCUGUUCUGCUGGCCCUGCCUUCAUCAAUGGUUGGAGACGCGGCCCAGCAGGCAGCAGUGCCCGGUGUGUAAGGCGGGCAUCAGCAGAGAGAAYGUCAUCCCGCUGUACGGCAGGGGCAGCUCCAGCCAAGAAGACCCCAGGUUGAAGACUCCGCCUCGACCUCAGGGACAGAGAACAGAGCCUGAGAGCAGAGGAGGGAUGUUCCCGGGUUUUGGAGAAACCGGAUUCCACAUGUCGUUUGGAAUCGGCGCAUUCCCCUUCGGCUUUUUCACCACAGUCUUCAACGCCAACGACCCGUUUCACAGACCAGAUCAGUAUGCAGCUGAUCAACAGGGCAACGGGAACCUCAACAACGGCAACAACAACAACAACUGGCAGGACUCCCUCUUCCUCUUCGUGGCCAUCAUCUUCUUCUUCUGGCUGCUGAGUGUGUGACGGCGUCUGGGAGGGAGGAGCCUGAGGAAAAAAACACAAAACAAACUCGACUCGAGCCACAGACACACAACACGAGCUGCAACCUGGGAGAGCGCAGAGUGUUUGGUUCCUUUUAAAAACAAGAAAAACAGGUUUUCUCCUCCUCCUCUUUGUGAAAAUAAACCACUGCCCCGACACACAAACACA